GUCGGUAAAAGUCAGUCUGGAGCGUUUAGUGUGAAGAAAAUGGUUAGUCGUCGUCAGAGGAGUUGGGUCGAAAGUCUGAGUUGUUGACGUCUGUUGAUUAUGUGAUAUAUUUUCUAGUUAAGUAGUUUUACUAUUAAUAGAAAUUUUAAUACAGAUUUUAAAAUGGGAAAUAAUCAUAGUCGAGAAGGAUCUCCGAAACACGGAAUUUCAAGAAACAAUUCGGGAUCUGACCUACAAGAAAAGAUACCUUCCCAGCUUUUGCCUAUAGACAAAUUAGCGAAGUUACUUACACAAAAGACAUUAGAAGAAGACUCCAUUGAAAAUGGGAUCUCUGUUUCAACUUUUACGCGUUACCUGUUCCCCAAAUACCCAGAGUUGGGUCAACGGCUGUUCCACCACUGGCAGAUUGGAGCUGGAGUGGUGAAUGACACUGGUAUGAUGUCUCCUGCCAACUUCAGAGCCCAAGCGGACAAACUCAUGGGUGUCAUGGUCGACGACCAACAAAUCCAGAUGUACGUCACGAUGUAUGCUGAACACUCAGAUACUAUGCAGACUGAACAGUUUCAUAACUUGCUGUUGACCGUGUACAAGAUCGCCAUGGAACACUAUCCUGAUGGACCCCAGAGUUGUCGACAACUGUUCAAGACUGUACAGGCUGUUGUUGACUCUGCAUUUCAUAAAAAAGAAUCGUUACCUGCUGUAUACCUGGCACAUUGGAUUGAGGAACAUUGUAAACGUCUGAUCACGGUGCUACAUCGCUAUAUUGUACAUAUACUUACCACAGGCUUUCAUAGUGUUACUGAGCGAAUCAACGAUAAGAACCAGGGGCUAGAACUGACAACUCCAGUGCUGGAGAAAGCCCCUACACCAUGGGAUAAGACUCAACCCUUGCUACCAGUGUCUCAGGUGUGGAUAUUGGCCGCUACACUCCCACCGCUUUACACCAAACCCAGUCAUCUUUCUCCCACUUCUUCUACCAAUGGCUUCUCAAUGCAAAACUACCUAGCAAAAAUUCUGGAUCUGUCAUGUCCCUCACACUGGACUCUUCUCUACAACAGCCUUCAGCAUGGCCUGGGGGCCAACAGAUUUUUGCACCAUGUACUGAGUUACCGUGGGCCCACACUGACAUUUCUUCGAGGUGAACAGGACACUGAGUUCUGUAUAGGUGCUACUCAAGAAUGGCAGGAGUCCCACCUUUAUUGGGGAGGGGAGGAGAGUAUCAUCGUUCAGAUACUCCCCUUGUAUCAUGUUGUGCAGCGUGGCCCAAAGCUAUUGUACUUAAAUAUGAAAAUUCGUGGCUACCCUAAAGGCAUUCGUGCAGGACUGGAUCCUAGGAAACCUAGUUUGGACAUCAAUGAAUCAUUCACAGUGAUGACUUAUAAAGGCAUUCCAUACCAGCUUCAAACUGUGGAAGUGUGGGGUUGCGGAACUCCUCAGUCCAGAGAGAUGCAGUUGGAUAUAAAGAAGUGGGAAGUAAAACAAGCAGAGCGACAGCGUGUGGUGAAGUUGUCAGCCAAUGAGUGGACCGACCACCCAGACCGAUACCUGCUGGAGUUGGCCGGCCGUCCUAACUAUUCUCAGUCCAACAACUAGAUUAAGUCACAAAUUGUACUGUACUUAAAUGCUAACUAGUACUGUACUUAAACGGCAUAGUAUAUUCAAAUUUCUAUAAUAUUUUACUACAAUAAUUUUUUAUUGUUAUUUCAUUUUUUUAUUAUGAAUUUUUUUAUUGUAUUCAGCAUAACUUACCAUAAUAUACAAACCAAUUAUCUUAAUUUUUUAUUUAAAAUCCAAUUUGGUCAAAAUAAACAUCUGAAAUUGGUACAAAUGUUAUAUAGCAAAUUGUACAUAAUGAACUGUAAACAUAAUAGUAAAUACACGUUUUUUUAACUGA